GCGUCACUUCCGGUCCCCCUUCUGCCGAGUUGGAGUAGGUUCCCUGGGCCACUACUACCGCUGUGUGUUUCGUUUCUGGGCUUACUGCCCAACUACUGCUGGGCGCGAAAUCCUCCAGUGCAUGGACCGCACGUGUGAGGAGAAGCCCGUGGAAGAUGGGAGCGACGAGGAGGAUCCCGACUCCUUGGAAGCCCCGGCCCGUAUCCGGGACACCCCGGAAGACAUCGUGCUGGAAGCCCCUGCCAGUGGCCUGGCCUUCCAUCCUGCCCGAGAUCUCCUGGCGGCCGGGGACGUGGAUGGGGACGUGUUCAUCUUUUCCUACUCCUGUCAAGAGGGAGAAACCAAGGAGCUCUGGUCCUCAGGUCACCACCUCAAGUCCUGCCGAGCUGUGGCCUUUUCUGAAGAUGGGCAGAAACUUGUUACUGUCUCCAAGGACAAAGCCAUCCAUGUUCUAGAUGUGGAGCAGGGCCUACUGGAAAGACGCAUUUCCAAGGCUCAUGGUGCCCCCAUCAAUAGUCUCCUGCUGGUGGACGAGAACCUUCUGGCCACUGGGGAUGACACAGGUGGUAUCCGGCUGUGGGACCAGCGGAAGGAGGGCCCAUUAAUGGAUAUGCGGCAGCAUGAGGACUACAUUGCAGACAUGGCUCUGGACCUAGCCAAGAAGCUGCUGCUGACAGCCAGUGGAGAUGGCUGCCUUGGUGUCUUCAAUAUCAGGCGACGUCGGUUUGAGCUGCUCUCAGAGCCUCAGUCUGGAGACCUGACGUCUGUCACUCUCAUGAAAUGUGGAAAGAAGGUGGCCUGUGGCUCCAGUGAAGGUACCAUCUACCUCUUCAACUGGAAUGGGCUUGGGGCUACAAGUGACCGCUUUGCCCUGAGAGCUGAGUCCAUUGACUGCAUGGUUCCAGUCACUGAGAAUCUGCUGUGCACUGGCUCCUCUGACGGAGUCAUCAGGGCUGUGAACAUCUUGCCGAACCGAGUAGUAGGCAGUGUGGGCCAGCAUCCUGGGGAGCCUGUGGAGGAGCUGGCCCUCUCCCACUGUGGCCGCUUCUUGGCCAGCAGUGGCCACGACCAGUGCCUCAAGUUUUGGAACAUGGCCCAGCUGCGGGCUGUGGUGGUGGACGAUUACCGUCGGCGCAAGAAAAAGGGAGGGGAGCUGCGGGCCCUAAGCAGCAAGGCUUGGAGCAGUGAUGACUUCUUUGCAGGACUGAGGGAGGAAGGAGAGGAGAGCAAGGAUGACAGUGAUUGAGAGGAAGAGCUGAGUCUCAAGAUAGGGCCUCCCUGGGAAAGAGUCCCUUCAUGGGCUGGAUCCCCAGAGAGGCUAUGAGCUUGUAAUACCCUGUUGUGUAGCAUAAGAAGAUACACAGAGGCUCAGGACUGAGGACAGUGUUGUGGGGAAGUACUCGCCUUGUAGCAGCUGCUUACUCUUACCAGUGUAAGCCACACCCACAGCUGGGGCAAGACAGCACAGACACAGGUGUAUACCAACCAGGGGUUUAAUAUAAAUACAACCAGCAUAGAAAAACUCAAAACCACACUCAUAUCAAAACCAGAAUGCCAAGUGCUGGGGACAGAAGUCCAAUUUCUGACCCUUUGGCUCAGCCAGCCCCCAAAUAAAAACCAACAAAUAAACAAGAAAUAA